AUGCCUACAGUUUUCUCGCGGAUAGUAGAUAGACUUGUUGAGUGGACGAAUGCUGCUAAAUAUAUACCCGAAUUUCAGGCAGAUUUCAGGUCUUUAAGACUCUUUAUGGAUCAUAUAUUUGUUCUAAACUCUAUUAUUGAGAUUCAUCUCUCAACUCCUGGACGUAAAGUUUUUGCAUGUUUCGCUGAUUUUAAAAGGGCCUUUCCUUCUGUAAAUCAUGACCUUAUUUGGUCUAAACUUUCGAAGCUGGGCAUUAGCACGAAAUUCAUUAGGAUAAUCAACAGCCUUUACGAUGCAGCUAAGAUGUCCAUCUGUACACUUGACGGUCUCACUGACCCGGUGAACGUGAUUUGCGGGAUUCUCCAAGGAGAACUUUUAAGUACUUUUUUUUAUUGGAGACCUGCAAGAUUUUUUUCGGAACCGGAGAUUAAUGGAGAUCUCUAUCAAUCACUUAAUGGAGAUUAUCUCACUGGCAUAUGCAAAUGA